AAUCCAGUGGAAUAAAGCUUGGUGGAGUUCAACCUCAGAACGGGUGGAGUGUGAGUGAGAGUGACAUCAUGGCUGAUCACAAGACAGUGGGCGGGGCUUGUCGGAAUGCAGGUGGGAUAAGCAGAAGUUCCGGGAAUCAGCUGUAGAAGUUAUUAAAGAUAUCCCUCCACCCGCCGGUGAGAAUGUGAGGAUCAUCACCGUCGUUGGAAUCGUUUUGGCCGUGAGCUGGGAUCAGAACCCGAGUGUGAAGAUGCCUGCGGUAUCUACAGGAGUGAAGGAGCUCUACCUCUCCACCUCGCUGGGGGAUCUGAACAAGAAGGCCGAGAUCAAACCCGAUAAAGUCAGCACCCGGAUCUACAUCCAGAGCGCGUGUAAGAUCUUCAAGGCGGCGGAGGAGUGCCGUUUGGAUCGCGACGAGGAGAAGGCGUACGUCCUCUACAUGAAGUACCUGACCGUCUACGACCUCAUCAAGAAGAGACCCGACUUCAAACAGCAGCAGGAGUUCUUCAUGUCCAUGCUGGGACCGUCCUCCAUCAGGAAAGCCAUCGAGGAGGCGGAGAAGCUCUCCAGCAGUCUGAAGCUCAGGUAUGAGGAGGUGGAGGUGAGGAAGAAGCUGGAGGAGCAGGAGAAGAGGGAGGAGCAGGAGAAACGAGAGCGGAGGCUGAAGAAGGAGGAGGAACGAGCUUCACCCAGAGCUGCAGAGAACAGGAGAGACAGUACCAAGGUGAAAAGAGAACAGAACGAUGUGAAGAGUUCACCAGCGCCCCCGAGUGGUGGUAUCAGUGCACAGCAGCUGUACAUAAUGGUCAAGGAUCCUGGGAUCAGUGUGAUUGUGAUGGACGCUCGAACACAGGAGGAUUUUAACCAGUCCCACAUGAUGGUUCCUAAUCACACCUGUAUUAGUGUUCCUGAGGAGGCCAUCAGCCCGGGCAUCACAGUGAAUCAGAUGGAGGUGAACCUCCCCACAGAGUCCCUCUCCCAGUGGAAGCAGAGAGGUUGUGUUGAUUACAUCGUCCUGCUGGACUGGUUCAGCUCCGUGACGGACCUGAAGAUGGGAACUACACUGCAGAGCCUGAAGGAGGCGCUCUUCAAGUGGGACAGUGUGACCAUCCUGCGCAGUGAACCUCAGGUUUUGGAGGGUGGAUAUGAGAACUGGCUGCUCUUCUACCCCAUGUUCACCAGCAACCCCAAAAUCAAGCCACCCCGCCAACACACACACACCCUGCUACCCCAGCUUAAUUUCAGCUACCCUCGUCUGGAGGAACCUCCACCAGAGCCGGCGAGUGGGAACCAGAACCACGCGGUGGACGAGGCGCAGGCUAACGGAGACGUUACGGACGAGCCCGUCAUCACCGACGCGCACGCCGAGCCCGGAGCGGCCGAUGCACGCGCUCACGCCGCCGCGGUACAGCCGACACCACGACCACGACCCACGCCGAACACACCCAGCGUCACCACUCCCAAACACCCCGCUGCUACAGCCAAGAGUACACCACAGUUCGACCGCUCCACCAAACCAGCCGCCAGACCUUCAGAAGACGGGAAGUCCAGCGCCGAGGGCGGAGCCAAAGAGAACGGGACCAAAGACGGCGGGGCCAAGGACACCCCCGUUUCCACGGCGACCAACGGGCCGGUGGUCCCGGAUCGGUCAGUCAAACCCAACCUGCAGGAGAAGAAAGGACUCGGGGACGAGGACGAGGAGGAGGAGGAGGAGGAGGAGGAGAGCAGGAGGAAGCUGGAGAGGCAGAAGGCAGAGGAGGAGGAGGAGGAGGAGGAGGAGGAUGGAGAGGAGAGAGGAAGGAGAGGAACCAAGGAACAGAGUCUGGAUGCUCACAUCAAGAGCAUGUCUCUGGAUUCUCCUCUACCCAACACCACUGUGUCUGACAUCAAGCGGGAGCCUCUUACCCGUGCCCGCAGUGAGGAGAUCGGGCGGGUGGUACCAGGUCUACCUGAGGGCUGGAUGAAGUUCCUGGAUGUGGUCACAGGGACGUACCGCUAUUAUCACUCCCCCACCAAUAAAGUGCACCUGUACCCACCCGAGGUCACGCCCCCUGCCACGCCCCCGGCCACGCCCACUGCCACGCCCACCAAACCCAAGCCCCGCCAGGGAGCCACGGAGAAGGACAAGGAGAGAGAGAAGGAGCGGGAGAGAGAGCAGUCCAAAUUAAAACGCUCCUACUCCUCCCCCGAUAUCAGCCAGGACCUGAAGGCCGAGGGGGCGCGCAAAGCCACGCCCAUACCCACCAUCAACAGAGAAACCAAACCCCAGGCCGCCACGUCGUACGUGAAAGCCGAGAUCGCCCGCCCCUCCGCCGCUAAGAUCCGGAACAUGAACCCGGUGUUCGGGGGCCCGGGGCCGUGUCUGACGGGGCUGAGGAACUUAGGGAACACCUGCUACAUGAACUCCGUCCUGCAGUGUCUGUGUAACACGCCCUACAUGGCCGACUACUUCAACAAGAACCGCUACCAGGAGGACAUCAACAGGGCGAAUAUUCUGGGCCAUAAGGGUGAGGUGGCGGAGGAGUUCGGGGCCAUCAUGAACGCCCUGUGGUCGGGGCAGUUCAAGUACAUCAGCCCCCGCGACUUCAAAAUCACCAUCGGUAAAAUAAACGAGCAGUUCUCCGGGUACGAGCAGCAGGACUCUCAGGAACUCCUGCUGUUCCUCAUGGACGGCCUGCACGAGGACCUCAACAAGGCCGAUAACCGUAAGAGGCUGAAGGACGAGCCGUGUGAUCAGAUGGAUGAUGUCAGCGGGGCGGAGUUAUCCUGGAGGAAACACAAGCUGCUGAACGAGUCCAUCAUCGUCUCACUGUUCCAGGGUCAGUUCAAGUCCAGCCUGCAGUGUCUGAGCUGCCACCACCGCUCCCGCACCUUCGAGACCUUCAUGUACCUCUCACUGCCCCUCGCCUCGUCCUCCAGAUGUUCUCUACAGGAGUGUCUGAGGCUCUUCUCCAAGGAGGAGAAGCUGACGGACAAUAACAAGGUCUACUGUCCUCACUGCAAAGCUCACCGAGAGUUCACCAAGAAACUGGAGAUCUGGAAGCUUCCACCCAUCCUGCUCAUCCAUCUAAAGAGGUUCUGGUACGAGGGCCGGUGGAAGCAGAAGCUCCAGACCUCGGUGGAUUUCCCUCUGGAGAACCUGGAUCUGUCCCAGUACGUCAUCGGCUCCAAAAACAACCUGAGGAAGUACGACCUGUACGGCGUGUCCAAUCACUACGGGGGGCUGGACGGCGGGCACUACACGGCCUACUGCAGGAACGCCAACCGCCAGCUCUGGUACAAGUUCGACGACCACGAGGUCUCCGAGAUCUCCGCCUCGUCCGUCAAGUCCACCGCCGCCUACAUCUUCUUCUACUCCUCCAUCUGAGGCCGCGCCCGGCCUCGCCGCCGACACCCGUCGCUCCCGACCGGCCGAGAGCCCGCGGAGCCGCCGUGGGCGGAGCUUAAAGCCCCUCGGCGAGGAUGAGGAGCGGAUGAGGACGUUUGCUCCGGUUCCUCUCUGUUCUGGAUCUUUCUCUACAUUUCUGACUUUAACGGUGGACGAGUGAAGCUGGACUGGAGCUGGACUGACCCACAGAGCUUCAGACACUAAUACAGAUUUGGGACGCGGCCGUGUGGGCUCCGAAGGUUCGGUUCUCAGACUGAAUGUGUUUCCACCGCUCGGUUCUGCUCGCUUCUUCCUCAGCUCAUGUACAUAAUGUUUAUUAUUUAUCUUUAAUGUGACCAAAUUUCUGCCUGAAGGCUCGAACGAGUGUCUGAGGGACACUGUGGGGGGCGCAGUGUAGGGGGGGCGCA